AUGGAAAACCAUAAAAACAUAACCAGAACUUUCGACGACGAACACGACGACGAAAAGAAGAUGGAGAUAUUCUUUUCACUCGUUAGAAGUUUCCGCGAAGCACGGGACCAAAGAAAGCAGGAGCUAGCAGAAAUGGAGAAAGCAAAUAAAACAAGAAAAUUACAUCAUUUUCAGUCUCCGUCUUCUUCUUCUUUCGAACGUCAAGAUUUCCACGUCACCCUCCAGGAUGAUCAACAUCCAAAUAAGAAACUUCAUAAUCAUGAAGAACACCAAGAAGACGAUGAUAAGUUGAACCUCAAACUAUCGUUGUAG